CAAAAAAUAACGAUGUCACAAGUCAGAAAAACAUCCAAAAACCUUGAGAAAAUCCCUUUUCAAGACAAAGAUGACAUGUUUACGACCCAAGAUUAUUUAGGAAUUGGGAGCAUUAAAAGGAAAAGGGAGAAACGACAUCUUCAGCAAGAUAAAGAGGUAAACGUGAAGAAUUUCACCCACACAAGUAGUUACAAAGAAACUCAAUCGAUAUCUUCACAGAACUCGACCUGUCUUACCAAUUGUACGGUUAUUAGACAAGUCAUUCAUUAUGGAAGAACAGAAUGCCAUUGCGAAGUUUGUUGUUUGAAGGCUUUUAAYGAAUGCUGUGUGAAGCAAAACUUGUUUGGCUAUGGCAACUAUUCAAUGCAAAUCUCUCCAAUGCGCUGUAAUUGUUCUCAGAAAUUGUCAAAACCAUGGCCAAAUCGCCCGAAAAAUAAAUUCGUUCGCUCAGAGUGUGUCAAUAAUUACUGGAUGAUAGCGAGUUGCCUUAGUUCUUGGCCUCAAGAUGAGAUUUUAAACAAAUGCAUAACUGGACCUGCUGGUUUUCCUAGCAAAUCCACACUUAGAGUUUCUGUGCCCGUUUUCACGCCAGAAAGAAAAGUUUUUCGCAAUCGCUACUGUGCAUUGUGCAACAAUGAAACUAGUUUUGAACCUUAUAAAGUUGUCAUUCAAUGUGAAACGUCUCCUCCAGCAAGUUAUAGUCCACAAAAGGCGAUUGAAUACCUGUUUUCACGCUGCAACGAGCCAAAAUGGGAACCUCAAGAAAAUCAGAUAUCCCAGCCAUGUCCACGAAUAAAUUUAUCUUGUUCAGAAGGUGAAUUUGGUGUUAGGAAAGAAAACCAUCCAUCUAGGAUACCCAAUGACUUUAAUGUGACUAUAACUUCGAGUGACUCAAAUUCUUAUUAUUCAAGAUGCAAAGAAAUAAAAACUGCUGACUGUUCCUUGAAGCCACGCCCUAAUUUCAAAAUUUCAGGCAAUGGCCAGUUUCUAAACACCGUCUCGCUUUCUUUCACUUUAGACGUAAUGAAUGAUGCUGAAAAACCGGUUCUAGUGAAAAUCUCUUGUCCAACAAAGAAGCCUGUUUAUGACCCAUAUUUGGAAGAAUGUCGGCAUGGCUUGAUUCCUUCACCCAAAAACGCACCUUUUGACUCUUAUCGAAUCCGUUUAUUCAUCGAGAAUUUUAGCGGCCUGACUGUACUACCGACCUUGGAAGAUUUCAGAGCGUUUUUCGAAAAGGAAUUUGGCUUUGGAGUAAUCCAGCUAAGAUAUUUUACUCAGGGCUUCCAGUUUGACAUACKAAUUGGGAAACUAUCAAAUUACAGCGCCAAAAGCUACAAACUUAAGAAUUAUUUGAAUUUCACAAAUCAGUUUAACAUCACUAUUGAUAACGUUCAACUAAGUGUCUACAAAGUGACGUACAGAAUUCUAACUUGCGUCAACUUAGAAUACUAUGAAAAGCAUGAGUAUGCAAUACUCCAUGGAUAUAUGCCAGCGGUUUAUUUGAAUAACUCACGUGAAAUAAUCGGUUACUUCAACUAUUAUUCUGGGAGUAACGAUACGAUUAGGGUAUGUAGAUUACGACUGAGUAACUGCUCAGGUGUAUAUACACCAUUAGAGAAAGAUGAGUAUACGAUGUUAAAAAAUAACUCAAUCACUGUUAAAGGGUCUGGAACAAUUUACAAUCAGCAGGAAUAUGACAUUUAUAAUGGGACACUAUGGAUCUGUGUUGACUUUCCCAGGACUUUCAGCGCCUACCAAACGCCAAAAAARUCAAAGCCUCUUGCCUUCUCUGUACUUACAUUCGUCUGCAUGUCCUUGUCUAUCAUCGGCCUGGUGUUUGUCCUCGUGACUUAUUCCUUGUUCAGUGAGCUACGAACACCACCAGGAAUCAACCUGAUGAACCUCAGUGUUUCUAUUCUGCUGGCACAACUGUUGUGGUUACUUGGAAGUGGACAGACAGACACACCCAUGGCUUGUACUGUCAUCGCGAUCCUUCUACAUUACCUCUUCCUUGUCUCUUUUGUGUGGACGUCAAUCAUCGCCUUUGACACUUGGAGUGCUUUUUCUGCAGAAAAUAACGCAUUUCGUGAUUCUAACCGUGAGAAAUGCAUAAAGGUCCUUCGCCACGUCGCAGUCGGAUGGCUUCYCGCUCUGGUCUAUGUGGGCAUUUGUGUUGGUCUUGACUUCACAGAUACUGUGACCAUUGGAUACACGUCCAGGAUAGCAUGCUGGAUGGCCAAUAAAUGGGCCAUCUUGUAUUUCUUUGCUGUCCCAGUCUUCGUGUUUCUCGUAUUCAACAUCAUGUUUUGCGUCAUGACAUUUAGAGCUAUCAAAGUCACGACAGCACAAGCAAGAGCAGCUCCCGAUCAUGAAAUCAAAAUGAACUUUGGUAUCUACGUUUGCAUCUCAUCGAUUAUGGGCUUCAUGUGGAUCUUUGGAUUUGUUGCUCCGUUUGGCUGGCAGUUCUUGUGGUACCCUUUCGUCAUUCUGAACGGCCUGCAGGGUGUGUACAUUGCCUUGGCUUUUGCCUUGAAUAAAAGAGCAAGAGGCCUCUGUAAAAGAUGGUUUAAAGGUCGCUCUCCACCGAAUGAAACAUCAAAUACCUCUGUCUCAAAUACAAAUAUAGGUGUAACAGAAUAUAACGAAAACAAGGACUCUGGGGUACAGAAGCAACGUACAGAGGAAGGAAUUGCUUCAAAGUCUAGGAUGCAAGGCAUUCGACUUGCUGGUCUCCUUUUGGYAUUUCUCUUACACAUUCAUCAAACUGAUGAAAAAAUCAAUGAAGGAACGAAUACUUUUUUUGCCAACGAACAACUAAAGAAAACGACAAUGGAGYCAACGCUGGAGAAUCAAGAUGUUAGUAAGAAUUCGAGAGAAGUUCAAGGAGAGUUCUUUGAAGCAGGCGCUGAAUAUAAAGGACUCACCGACAUCAGAAAUUUAAGAGACGAAGGGCAUCCAAAAGACAAGGCGUUUCUUCCACGGUAUGUUGACCUUUGGGCAACGAAAAGCAAGACGACUUUGAACAGUAAAUCGAAUAUCUUUGAAAAUAUUGAAGAUUAUCCAGAUAACGAAAACGGUGUAAGCCAUCCCAAAUCAAAAAAUAUGAAAAAAGAUAAAAAAAUAUUGGAAACUAAAAAAGCGCGAUCUUCCAGGCAAAGAAGGACAUCUCAGACACCAGAAACCACCCUGGUCUGUGAAGAGGAGCUUUCAUGUAGAAACAGAUGUCAAAAUCCUCGUAAAGGUUUAUACCAAACACAGUUGUCGUGCUUUUGUGACGAMGAUUGUGAAUUCUUUUUAGACUGCUGUGCAGACUACCAUGACUUUUGUGGUACAAAUGGACUAAACAUGACAAACAGCACAGGACACAAUACAAGCUUAGCAGAAAAUCUGGUCAACCAGCAAAACAGAGAUCUGUGGAAAUGUUACCAUGGAGAUGUCGUGCCAGGAAGCAUUGGCGCCUGGAUGAUUGGAUYGUGUCCAAGUUCUUGGCCAGAAGAUGAUGUCCUCUAUCGGUGCAGGAAUAUUUCAGAAACCGACGAGAUUACUAAAGAUAACUACCGCUAUCUUCCUGUGUACACCAACAAUGGCAGAGUGUACCAYAAUCGUWUCUGUGCUSARUGUAAYGGWGUUKYUYCWARDVAHWUGACUGAAUAUGCCUUGUCCAUUGAAUGCGAUUUUACCCCUCCACGCCAUCUGAGCUUUGAAAGCACACUAUCCUAUCUUUUUGACUAUUGUUCAGACAUACAUUGGUCACCAAGGAAAGGAGAUGAUCCAAGAAGAUAUUGUCUUAUUAUUGUAAGUCCUGUAAGUGCAGCUAACAGCGUCUCAACAUUAGAUAUCGAUAUAAAAAUGACCCUUGCUAAAUGUUUGACAGGCAAACCAGGAAUAGUGACCAGACGCUACUUUUAUAAAAAUAUUGACUGUGCAAAAUCUGACCUGGAUAAUUUGAACGAAAUAUCUUGUGGUCCAAACAUUACAGCUUCUGCAUACGGAAUUAAGCUUCCGGGGGAAACAUCUCAUCUUCCCAAUUCUUUGUCUGUCAUCUUUGACUUCAAUAAUGCCAAUUCCAGAGGACUCGAUUCGAUGCAAAUCAAAACACGAUGUCCUUCUGAACAAGUAUAUGAUCAUUACCUGGAUAUCUGUAGAGAUGCUUUACCAACCUUGCCAAGCUUUUCAGAUGUUUACGAAUACCAAGUUGUCCUGUGGCUGGAACCAGGUAUCUCAAAAUUUGAAGAAGAUGACUUUUAUCGUCGAGUCCUUUCACAAGCACUAGCUGUUCCCAUUCAGCAUGUACAAAAUAUAUACGUAUUUCAAAAUAUUUCUUUCACCCUCCAAGUUCGGAAAAACGAACGCCUUCAGCCAAAUGCGCAGAAUAUUUUAGAAUUCACAACCCCAUUCAACACCACCAUCCAUGGACUCUUAAGAACCGUUAUCAAAGCAACUAAACGAAUACUAAGUUGUGCUAAUCGGCAGAAGUAUGACAGGAGUGAGUACACGGUACUACAAGAUGAUUCGUCAGCAGUCGUCAUCAAAAAGACAGGUGAAGUCUUCCAGUCUACAGAUUACUACCUCAAUACAACUGAARCAUCAACUUCAGCCAAUGACAGCCAAGCUAUAUUUGUGUGCCGUCAUCACCAGAUAUCUAUCUGUUCAGGGGUGUAUAUACUGAUUAAUGAAGGAGAGUUCAGAGUCCUGAUGAACAAGUCCAUAUUCGUGAACGCUUCCAAACAAGUUUAUGAUUUGUCAGAAUACACAUGGAUAAACAAGAGUGUGCUGGUCUGUGAAAACUUUUCUACAAUCUAUUACCAAUCCAAAGUCGUACCAAAAGACGAUGCAGUAUUGACCACCAUAACCAUAGUCUGCAUGUCCUUGUCUAUCAUCGGCCUGGUGUUUGUCCUCGUGACUUAUUCCUUGUUCAGUGAGCUACGAACACCACCAGGAAUCAACCUGAUGAACCUCAGUGUUUCUAUUCUGCUGGCACAACUGUUGUGGUUACUUGGAAGUGGACAGACAGACACAACCAUACCAUGUACUGUCAUCGCUGUCAUUCUACAUUACCUCUUCCUUGUCUCUUUUGUGUGGACGUCAAUCAUCGCCUUUGACACUUGGAGGGCUUUUUCUGUAGAAAAUAACGCAUUUUCUGACUCUAAACGUAAGAAAUAUGUAAAGAUCCUUCGCCAUGUGGCAGUCGGAUGGCUUCCCGCUCUGGUCUAUGUGGGCAUUUGUGUUGGUCUUGACUUCACAGAUACUGUGAAUAUUGGAUACAAGUCCAGGAUAGCAUGCUGGAUGGCCAAUAAAUGGGCCAUCUUGUAUUUCUUUGCUGUUCCAGUCUUCAUAUUUCUCGUAUUCAACAUCAUGUUUUGUUCCAUGACAUUUAGAGCUAUAAAAACCACGACAGCACAAGCAGGAGCAGCCUUAGACAAUAACACCAAAAAGAACUUUGGUAUCUACGUACGUAUCGCAUCACUGAUGGGCUUCACGUGGAUCUUUGGAUUUGUUGCUCCGUUUGGUUGGCAGUUCUUAUGGUACCCUUUCGUCAUUCUGAACGGCCUGCAAGGUGUUUACAUUGCCUUGGCUUUUGCCUUGAACAAAAGAUCAAGAGGCCUGUACAAACGCAUACUGGGCAGUAAAUCUACACCCCAGCAAGCAGCAAGUCUUUCUACAAUUUCGAGAUUAAAUACCCAUGACUUAUCAUACAAUGAAUCUGAUAUAAGGUUGUAA